CAUUGCGUAAUUGGGACACUUGCAAAGAGUGCAAAGGGGCUUACUUUCAUUUUGCGUUAAUUACCCCAUUCGUCAAUUGCGCUCUCUUUUCUCACUCUCCGGUGUAUACGAGCCACCGACGCCUCCGCCGGGAUCAUUAGCAGCCACCGUCUUCCUCCAAUUUCUCGAUCUUCAACGAUAUAGAUGUCAAAUGAUGUGGAAAAUCCCGAAGAUGGAGAUGCCAGGAAGUCUUCAGAUGCUUCUUCACCAACCCCCAGUCUCCAAUCGACUUGGUACGAUGCCUUACUUCAGCAAGCAUCAGUUUAUGGAGUAGCUGCUGGAUACUGUCUAUCAGCAUCACUACUCUCCAUCAUUAACAAGUGGGCUGUCAUGAAAUUUCCUUACCCAGGAGCACUAACUGCAUUGCAGUAUUUCACAAGUGCAGCUGGAGUCCUCAUAUGCGGGGGGCUCAAGGUCAUACAACAUGAUAAGCUUGAUCUUGUAACAAUGUGGCGGUUCCUGCCGGCUGCAAUUAUAUUCUACCUAUCUCUUUUUACAAAUAGUGAGCUUCUCCUCCAUGCCAAUGUUGAUACUUUUAUUGUCUUCAGAUCAGCUGUCCCCAUCUUUGUUGCAAUAGGAGAGACCCUCUACUUGCAUCAGCCAUGGCCAGCAAUUAAAACGUGGGCUUCACUAGGUACAAUCUUUGCUGGUAGUGUGCUCUAUGUCACUACUGAUUACCAGUUCACACUUACGGCUUAUAGCUGGGCAUUGGCUUACUUAGUGAGCAUGUCCAUUGAUUUUGUUUAUAUCAAGCAUGUUGUUAUGACAAUUGGCUUAAACACGUGGGGUCUCGUGCUAUACAACAAUCUUGAGGCUUUGAUGCUUUUUCCUAUUGAGCUACUUAUAAUGGGCGAACUGAAGAAGAUAAAGCAUGAAAUUCAGGAUGAGUCAGAUUGGUACAGUUUUCAAGUGGUGUUACCCGUAGCCCUGUCGUGUUUGUUUGGUCUAGCAAUCUCUUUCUUUGGAUUUUCUUGUCGUAGAGCAAUAUCUGCUACAGGCUUUACUGUUCUCGGCAUAGUGAACAAACUAUUGACAGUGGUGAUAAAUCUAGUCAUCUGGGACAAACAUUCGACUCUUGUUGGGACAGUGGGACUCUUGAUCUGCAUGCUUGGCGGUGUUAUGUACCAGCAAUCCACAAGCAACAAGCCUAAGGCUGUGAAAGAUGUAAAUCCACAAGCAGCUGAUGAGGAACAACAGAAGCUCCUUGAAAUGCAAAGCAGCAUACAGAGCAGUGAGAAUGAGAAGCAAGCUACACAAUCGGGAGAUGAGAAACAAUAACAUAUUCUUGGGAAGAGUUCCCUUUCAUUCUUGUAUGUCAAAGAUAUUGUUGAAUUCAAUUAUACACCUGGUCGAAAAUCCAGUGCUGUCUUAACUGCCAGAUUGGGUAUGAAGUCAGCCGCCAGUUACUUAGAAGCAGCUCUCACGAGGAAAGGAGAGUGGAUUGCAAAUUUUAUUCAUGGGUAUGAAGUCAGCUGCCUUCAACUUUGCAAAAGAACAUCUUAGGUUUAUCUUCUAUAGUUUUGAUUGUAUUCAGCUUACUUAUUUUGUAUUUAGUAAGCUUUCUCCUCCCAAUUUGAGUAGUGGGUGAUGGUGGAGUAAUAUUUGUGUAAUUCAUUUGAUAGAAUUGUGACAGACUAUUCCAAUAUGCUCUGCCAUUCCUGUACACAGACCAGUGACAUGUUUCUAAGGGGGCGCCAAAAAACACUUUGUCUAAUA